AUGGAGGAAAUUGGCAUCCUCCUUACGGAGACCCGGGCCUCUGGCUCGAGUUCACGCUCUUCUACACGUACAAAGACCCCUCAGGAUAUGUACCAUUACUACAAAAAGCUGCAGCAACAGCUUGAGUUCUUGAAUACCAUGGAGGAGUAUGUGGACCAGAAAGACGAACACCGCAACUUGAAGCGUGAGCUUGUUCGUGCGCAAGAGGAAGUGAAAAGGAUCCAGUCUGUUCCGUUGGUGAUCGGACAGUUCCUCGAACCCAUUGACCAUAUGACAGGCAUUGUUGGCUCGACGACGGGCUCGAAUUAUGUUGUCCGCAUUUUAUCGACGAUUGACCGUGAGUUGCUGCGACCAGGCAGUAGUGUUGCUUUGCACCGCCACUCGAACUCUCUGGUCGAGGUGCUACCGCCCGAAUCUGACUCAAGCAUUGUGAUGAUGGGCCAAAAUGAGCGUCCCACAGAGACCUACCAAGAUAUUGGUGGUCUGGACGUGCAAAAGCAGGAAAUUCGUGAGGCGGUAGAGCUUCCCCUGGUCCAAUUUGAUCUGUAUCGUCAAAUCGGUAUUGACCCGCCUCGUGGCGUGCUGCUAUACGGCCCGCCAGGUACGGGUAAGACUAUGCUGGUGAAAGCUGUGGCCAAUGCCACUACUGCGUCAUUCAUUCGCGUGGUGGGUUCGGAGUUUGUGCAGAAGUACCUGGGUGAGGGUCCGCGUAUGGUGCGUGAUGUCUUCCGCAUGGCGCGUGAGAAUGCACCUUCGAUCAUCUUCAUUGAUGAGAUUGAUGCGAUUGCCACCAAGCGUUUCGAUGCACAGACAGGUGCCGACCGCGAAGUCCAGCGUAUUCUACUGGAACUUCUUACGCAAAUGGAUGGUUUCGACCAGGGCAGCAAUGUGAAGGUGAUCAUGGCGACCAACCGUGCUGACACCCUGGAUCCUGCGUUGUUGCGUCCUGGUCGUUUGGAUCGUAAGAUUGAAUUCCCGCUGCCCAACCGCCGUGAGAAGCGCCUGAUCUUCCAGACCAUCUGUGGUCGCAUGAGUUUGAGUCCUGAUGUGGACUUGGAGGACUACGUGAGCCGCCCUGACAAGCUGUCUUGUGCUGAGAUUGCGUCCGUGUGCCAGGCUGCGGGUCUGCAAGCUGUACGGAAGAACCGCUAUGUUGUGCUGCCUGCGGACUUCGAUGAAGCAUUCAAGCAGCUCUCGAAGAAGGGCGAUGAUAACCGUAUGGACUUCUAUCAGUAA